AAAGAAAAGUAGUCAUCUAAGGCGGUCACAUUUGCCUAUAUAUAAGGUGAACUAUCUCCAAAAUAGUCGACUUGUAUAAAAUGGAAAAAAAGAAAAAAAAGAAAAAAAAAAGAAAAAAGAAAAAGAUGUUUAAGCUUCACUUUCACAACUGUGAACUAUCGAUACUUGACGAGGAAGCAUGUAUAUAACGAUAAAACAUCGUUCGACGGCAAUUUAUUAUAUAGGAGGAAAUUUUUUAACUCGUCAAUCAAAUGAAAAAUCUUAAACGAGGUGGGGAAAAAGUGAAAAAUAAAGAGAACGCUCUGAUCCGACGCAUACUUUCAGAUAAAAAUAUCAUCUUCAUAGUCGAUGGAAAUACACGAUCUGAUUUAUACGAUUAUCAACGAAUAUUGCGGAAAUAUCGUUCGCUUGUUUAAAAUCACCCAAUGUAGAAUGACAUGUCAUCGCCAACGAGUUAACGUCCAACGAACGACCUUGAAAGCCUGGCGAUCACUUGAUAGAAGAUAUAAAACUAAACCCAACCGCUACCGUUCAUCAGCUUUUUUUUUGGAUUGAAAUUUCCAUCAACGGAUCAUCAUGUGGUCCCUCAAAUUGGUAGUAAUCCUGACGACGAUCGUCUUCGUCAUGAGUUAUGCCAAAGAGGAAACGACCAAGAAUCGGGACAAGAGACAACAGAUACCUUAUCAUGCUAGAAGGGGUGCUAGACCACCACCUUAUGCCGUUCAAAUGGAACCAAUCGUUCAAUAUUCUCAACGAGAUCCCCUUUAUAAUCCUUUGAUAAAUUCGAAGAACGACGAUCUUGGUAUAUACGAAGAAAAUCCAUCGAGUUAUUACCAAUCGGAGCCAGAGCCAAUUAUUGAGAUUAUCAUUAAGGAAUCUAACGAAUCCUUACCAACUCCUGUACCACCUCCGACUCCACCGCCUUCGAGACCAACGAAAGAACCAAUACAAGUUUAUUACGUAAAGUAUGAAAAGAAAGGAGGCUAUGGAGAGAAAUCUCGAGUCGUAUACGAUCCACCCGUACGUGCUUUGACACCGGUAGAAGAACACGAAGAAAUUAAAUCCAAGCAUCAUAAGGAAGAACCUAUCCAACCGGUAACACCAUCACCUCCAGAACCAUCGACCACUUUAAGAGCUAUCAUUCGACCAGAUAGCGAGACUUAUCAUUCCGGUGGUAGCGGAAUUCGUGUUACCUUUGGAACGGAACAAUUACCACCUAAUAAUCAUAACAAACGUAAUGACAUUGAAACGCCAGUUUCUACUCAAAGUACAAAGCCUCAUUCUCUUGGUUCUGUUGCACCUGGUACACCUAAAAGACAGCAUGGUCCUUAUCAGCCUUUACAACCUGUACAGCAAAGAGUACCACCUGCAUUUCCACAACAGAGAGUCGUUAAUUCUUUUCAACCACCACUAUCUUUAAUUCCGCAACAACAGCAACAACAACAAUUACCAUUAAAGUUUAUAGCACAAAGGCAGCAACAGUUCCCACCGACUUUAUCAGUGAGAAAUCAAUUGCAAAGACCACAGCAACCACCGUUACCUAUUCAGGGUUUGCCUGAUCUAUCGCAACGAACACCGUCUACUGCUUUCGGUCCUCCUCAUCGUAUUAGUAUAAAUCAUCCUCAACAGCCAGGACUUCCACCAACGCUGUCGGUUUCUCAUCAAAGCGUGCAAUUGCAAAAUCAGCCGCUUGGACCUAUUCAACCUAAUUUCCAUGUGGAACGAAAACAACCUCAGCAGCAACAACAACAGCAGCAGCAGCAACAGCAGCAGCAACAGCAGCAACAACAACAACAACAACAACAACAACAACAGCAACAACAACAGCAACAACAACAACAACAGCCUCCGGUAUUUUCACAACAAGAACAAGAGAAACAACGGUAUCAUGAACAGCGACGUCAGCAAGAGGCAUUGAAGCAACGUGAACAUCAACGGCAACGCGAACAGCAAAGACUUCAGGAACAUCGUAGACUCGUAGAAUUACAACGACAAUUCGAUCAACAGAGGCAUAUAGAACAGCAAAGACAGGUUGAACAACAGAGACAAGUGGAACAGCAAAGAUUGGCGGAUCAGCAAAGACUCGUCGAACAACAGAGAUACGCGGAACAACAAAGAUUGACGGAACAACAGAGACUGGCGGAAGAACAAAGACUGCUGGAGCAGCAGAGAUUGGCCGUUGAACAGCAAAGGCUACAGGAACGUCAAAGAUUGCAUGAACAGCAUCGAAUUCAGGAACAAAGAAGACGUAAACAAGAACACGAACAAAGACUCUUGCAAGAGCAACAAUAUCGUACAUCUUUGAAGUACAAUCAGGCUAUUCCAUCGCAAGGUGGUAUUCCAGGUCAACCUCCAUUACCUAUUCAAAAGCCAGAAGGAGAAAUCUUUAAGGCCGUACCAAAGUUGGAACAACAUUAUGCGAUCAGAGAGAAUCCGUUACAUCCAGGGCCGUUCCCACCAAAUACAGUACAAUUUCCAGAAAGUUCGUUGAAUCAGUACCAGGCAACGCAUCAAUUAAACACUUUACAGGAUUCCCGACAAAUCGCGGGAGGUCAAUCGAAUCGAGUUUUAAACGACGAAGUACCACGACAGAUACAACAACAAAUUGAAAAUCAACAAGUUCCCUCGGGUCAUCGACAUUUAACGUUCAAUUCUGAUUCGUUAGGACAUCAACAGACGCAACUGUCAUUGACACCAUCCGUAAGCACUCAACAACAACAUCGUCAAAGGGAACAACAAUCUUUUUGGGGACGUUCACCUUCACCAAACAAUGAUGUACAAAAGUCCCAAACGAUUUAUGCAACACCAGUUAGUAUCCCUUCUGAAUUCGGAUCACCCACCGGCAGGAUAUCCUACAGAAAUGGUCCGACAAUUUCUAGCAGUACUACGACAACGACGACGACAACAACUACGACCACAACCACAACCGAAGCACCAACGACAACUACUCUUUCACCGAAAAACGAAGCCAAGAUCAAGGAGAACAUUGCAAAUUUACCAGACGAAGUGCCAGACGAUAUAAGGGAACAACUUUUGAGUUCCGGUAUUUUGGGUAACGCUGACAUACAAAUACUUGAUUACGACAAGGUCGGUGGCAUACCAAUCGAGAAACUACCGCCCGAGGCAUUGGCAAAUUUCUACGGUGCUGGAGGUGGUUCCGCAGUGGCAGCGAGCGAGCCAAUACCAUCUAUUAUUAAAAAACCUGAAAUAUCAUUGUCCAAUGAAGACAACGUUUCUUCUGGCACGUCCGAAAGCGUUACUUCUUUAUCGAAAUACGAACCACCUAAUAAGGAAAUGAUGGAGAGCACGAUCAUGGGAAGGACCAAGAUCGAACAGGCUACUUUGAGGCCAGGUGGUGUAGAAAUGAAAGUAGUACGAUUCGAUCCAAGUACGGAGCAAGGCCGAGCAGUGGCCGAGCAACAUAUACGUGCUGACGCGACCAGACUCGAACCGGUCACUAUAGGUCCGGAAAAUCAUGACCAAUACAAUCGUUAUUUACCGCUUAAAGUAAGCGGUGCUUCGUUUCCUAUACCAGAUGUGCCCGAUCUAAAAGGACGAAAAAUAACGAGCGUGGUCGUAUUAGCGCCUGUUGAUUAUCAUUUUCAGGAAAAGGAUAAAGGUCUUGAGACUAGGGAGGACAGAAAGAUCGACGACAUACAGGCUGUUAAAUUUUUAGCUGGCGAUACGCUCAAGCAACUCGUUAAAAAACCUACCGUCGAUAAUUAUAAAAAGUGGUUGGAACAGGAAACUCGUACUGAACCUCAGAGACAAUCUGUUGUAUUAUUAAUCACCAUGCCGUCCAAUGAUCAAAGUAAAAACGACAAGGAAAUAUUCAUGUACGAUGUUAAUUCCCAAUCGGUUAGCAAAAUGACGGGGGAUUUAUCGACGGCCUUUGUCGAUGCUGCCGAAAGCAAUUCAGACAGUACCGAUGACUUUUCUGGAUUUUAAACGAUCGAUCAUAAUUAAUCUAUCCUUUAACGGUCUAUAUCGCUCCUGUUUAACGUCAUUGAUUAGAAUCUAAUCUCGAAGUUGAAUCGAUUAAUAACAUCGACCAUUGAGAUUUGUCAAUAUUAUUUUGUACCUUAUAUUUCGUUCUUUUUCUUUUUUUUUCUUUUUCUUUUUCUUUUUCUUUUUCUUUCUUUCUUUCUUUCUUUCUUUCUUUCUUUUUUAUUUUUAUUUUUCUUUUUUCUUUUUAUUCUCUACACGUAUUAUAUACAAUCGUAAUAACGUAUGUAUAUGUGCAUGUACAUAUGAAAGAGCAAGAGCGAACUAUCGAAUCGAGGAUGAUGAUUUCAUGCGGAUAACGAAGCAAAAGCGAAAGUCCUGUAAGCUAGAAAUAGAAAACGUAAGGAAAGUUACACGUGAGGAAUACACGGCACCUGGCAACGACGGCCAUUUCUAGGAUGACGAAUCACCAUGUUCGAGAAAUAUAUUUUUAUUAAAAGGAAAAAGGAAGGGAAAAAAAUUACACACACAUACGAAAAAACAAAUGAAACGAAACACACAAAAAAAAAAAAAAAA